AUGAGGCCCCUGCUCUGCUGCCUGGGGCUGGCCGUGCUCCUGGGGCCGUGCCUGGCCUGUCCCAGCGCCUGCUCCUGCUCCACCAAGAAGAACGGGCGGCUGUUGGCCGAGUGCGCCUACAAGGAUCUCCAGGAGGUACCCGAGGGGUUGUCCUCCAACGUGACCAUCCUCACCUUGUCGGCCAACAGGAUCGGCUGGUUGGGGCAGGGCUCCUUCUCCGAGGUUCCCGAAGUGCAGUCGCUGUGGUUGGGCUACAACCAGAUUGGGGUGGUGGAACCGGGGGCUUUCGCCUUGUUGGUGCACCUGAAGAAUUUGGACCUGAGCCACAACAAGAUUGCGGAUUUCCCCUGGCAGGACCUCCGUAACCUCAGCGGUCUGCAGAUCCUGAAGAUGAACAACAACCGCCUGGCCGGGCUGCCCCGGGACGCUUUCCGCUCCUUGAAGGACCUGCGCUCCCUCUGGCUCAACGACAACGAGUUGACCACCCUGGCCGAGGGGACCUUUAACAACCUGCCCUCCCUGUCCCAGCUGCAGAUCUUCAACAACCCCUUCAACUGCUCCUGCAAGGUCUUCUGGCUGAAGAAGUGGACCGAGAACACCUCUGUCUCCGUCACCAAGGGGGGGUCUACCCUGUGUGUGGCUCCCAGCAGGCUGAAGGGCAGGGCGGUGACAGACAUCCCUGACCACCACUGUGUUGCUCCCUCUGUGCAGCUCACCUACCUCUCCAAUCUGGACAACACUGUCAUGUACGAGGGCCUCACCCUGACCCUGCACUGCAGCGUGGCGGGCAGCCCCCCACCAGAGAUCAGGUGGAAGAUCCAGACCUCCAGCCGCCACGUCGAGAUCAAUGGGCCCAACGUGGCGCGGGAUGGAAACGUCAAGCAGAGCCAGGAGCGCUUCUUGGUCUUCAAGAACGGCACCAUGGCCAUCCCCAACUUCAGCAAGGAGGACGAAGGCAUCUACACCUGCCUCGCUGUCAAUGACGUGGGCACGAGGGAUGUCUCGGUCAACGUGGCCUUGGCUGGGUCGGAGAAUCCAGCUGAAGACCUGCUCCGAGAUGACCCCCAAGCCAGCCACCUCGGGGGUCAGAGCUGCUACAAGGGGGAUGAAAUGGAUCCCUCUGGUGCUGGAGAAAAGCUGGUGAUAGUUUACCACAUGCCAAGGGAGUCAAAGAGCAGGGCUGGAGGAGCAGUGCCCCAGGUCCACCUGGGGACCCUCCUGCUGGCUUUGGGCAUCGCACUCUGCUGUUAAAGGGGGGAGAAGGAAACGGUGCCUUGGGGGUUCCCCCUCUUUCUGUAGCAUUUAUCUUCACGUAGUGCCAUGCCUUUGCUGAGCUUCUGGGAACUGCAGGCGGUCAGGAGUCAAAGGGGGCUGAGACUCAGGCCCAGGGCUGGUAGUUCAACCCCUCCUUAGAUGGGGUUCAGGGCUGGGCUCCGUUAGUUGAGAGCUUCAAACAAGCUCGGGUGAUGUAGAGCGUAUCCACACCCUGCUGCCACUUUCCAGGCGUCCAAAUCUGCCACCUCCUGAGUUAACUCCCUUCUGAGACCAAAGUGCGGCUGCAGGAUUGAAGUCCACCCUCAACAGGGUGGUCAUCACCCAUCCUCAGAGCCCACCACGAGCCCUCCUCCACCCGCAGCAGCCAGCCACAACCAGGGAGGGGAUCUUUCGCAGAGGAUCCCGUCGGUCCAGCGGCACCAAAGAUGACACCCCUGCCGUGACCAGCGCCUGGGCCCUUGGCCGGCCAGGCGCAUCCUUCCUACCACCAGCCUCACGUGAAGCACAGGGAGCAGAAGGACCAGUCUGAGAAUGGGGGAAUAGCCUAGGCACGGGGUCCUGGGGUCCCAGGACACAUGGCUCCGGGGGACAGAGAUAUGAUGGUGCUUUGUAAGCAGGAUGGGUACGGUAGGACACAUUGGAUGGGGCCAUGGGCUUGGAUCAGGCCAUUUUGUGGAGCAGAGGAAGCUUUCCCGCAGGCUUCAUCCCUGUAGGAGCACAAAGGGCUCCCGCUGGCUGGGUGCUGGGAGCACCCAGGGUGCCUGCACCCUCCCUGCAUGUUGCAGGAGCAGGCCCUGCCACCCUCAGUACCUCUCCCAGAUGUGAUGCAGCUGAUUUU